AUGUCCACAUCAAAGACAAACCUCCUCGACGACGAGGACCCAAUCGGCCCCCCACCAGCCUACGACCCAUCAACAAAAACCGCACCACCACCCCGCGCCAUUCCCCUCCCACGCCCACCACCACUCUCCCUCCCCGUGCUCAACUCUCUCCGCAGCAAGCGAGUAAUCCUCGCCUCCCAAUCUCCCCGCCGAAAACAAAUCAUCUCCUUCCUAGGCCUGCCCAACAUAGAAAUCAUCCCCUCAAACGCAGACGAAGAUCUUCCCAAAAGCCUCGGACCCUUCGAAUACGUGCUCGCAACAGCAACAAAAAAGGCCCAAGCCGUCUAUGCGCAGGAAAUAGACAACGAAGUUCAAGGCGAACCAGCUCUUAUCUUAGCAGCAGAUACAAUUGUCGUGAACACAACUACGGAAACUAUUCUUGAGAAGCCUCGUUCUGAAGCGCAUCAUCUUUCUAUGUUGAAGGCUUUGCGCGAUGCGAGAGAUCACAAGGUUUAUACUGCGCUUGUUGCUAUGGCGCCGCUUGCAUCUGCUAGGCAGCCAGGGUACGCGAUUGAGUCUGUUGUUGAGGAGACGGCGGUGCGGUUUGAUGGGGAUGUUUCGGAUGAGUUGAUUACGGCUUAUGUGAGGACGAGGGAGGGGGCGGAUAAGGCGGGGGGUUAUGGGUUGCAGGGUCUUGGGUCGAUUCUUGUAGAGAAGAUUGAGGGAACCUAUGAUAACGUUAUUGGGAUGCCGCUCAAGGCGACUUUGAGGCUUAUUGAGGCUGUUAUGAGGAAGGCGGAUGAUGAGGAUCGAUUGGAGGGGGAUCCGCUCUUGGAGGUUGAUGAUGAGGAUGAUGAGUUGGAGUAG